AUUUUGGGUAUCGAUGGCGAUAAAUAUAUUCGUGUAAGCAAUUCUCAAAAUGGCGGCCUCCAUCAGCCUGAGGUCAAAACUUGCCGUCAUAAAUAGAAGUCUUUUAUCUCAGAAAUGUGUGCUGUGUACACAGAAGAAAUCAUGUGCAACAGUCUCAGAUGAGAAGAAUGACUCACAUUUGGAUAAAACACACAAACCUCAGAGACUUGGGUACUGGGUUCCUUUAGAUGCGCUUGGUGUGAAAGUACAUCCAGAAGAGAAAGAAAAGCUAGAUAAAUAUUUCUCAAGGAACAAAGACAAUAAAAAGUAUGACGUUUUUCAAGAAGUGCCUCAAAAACCGAUUGCUGGUAACUCUACCAUCUUAGUCAAAGGAAAUGGCAAAACGCCUAUUGCAAUCCCAAAGAAAAAGAAGCGAGAUUCUCUUUCAGUAUUGAAAGCAUUGGCAUCAACUGUUGGCACGGAUCCAAGUGCUCCACAUUAUUCCUUCAUUGAUGACCCAUACCUGAUGCCAACCUUUAGGAAUCAGGAGGUCUGCUUGAUGGCGAAGGCGUCUGGGAAAAGAGCAGCGCAGUACUUCGUCAACAAACACAGUGACUUGUUUGGCCACAACGAUGCCCGCCCACAUAUACCCGGGUUCCAGCCCCGGGCCAAGGGCUACAAUGUCAUUGAUGUGGGAGAGAAGGCCCUGAUGGAGCGUGUGGACCGCCGGGCAGUCAGACAUGCAGUUGAGGUGUAUGACAGAAUGAGCGAACAAGGCCUGAAGUUAUCACAGGAAGGGAUGAUGCGUCUACUUGAGCUACUCUGUGCAUACCAGUGUCAGGACCCUGUACAUGACAUCUUCCCCGAGGAGAGGUUGGCUCAGCCAGACAACACAACCACCAGCAAACACAUGGAUAAAGCAAUGGAGGUAUUUGAAGGGAUAGAGACAAGAACAGCCGAUACAUACAACUGGAUCAUACGAGGUCUUGCACAGGCAGGAGAUUCUAGAUGCUGGACAUUGUUUGAAGAAAUGGAGGUUGAGGAAUUCACAGCUGACCUUGGGACGUUCAAUGACCUUCUCAACCAGAUGGGGAGGGAGGCCUCUACCAACAGGUCGUUUGACGAAGUCAAGAAUGUUCUAAAGAAGAUGACAGCAGAGGGCGUGCAGCCCGACCUUGAGACGUUCCAUGGCAUGCUACGGUUUCUGAAGUGCCUGAUGCCAAAGGACGGUUACCUUGGUAACAAGGUUGUGGCUAACGUACGCCAGGUCCUAGCUGAGAUGAGGGAGUUGGAUAUAGAGCCUUCACUUGAGACGUGGUCACUUGUGCUGGACACCCUGAUAGUUAUGAACAAGGAAUCUGGAUUCUGGUCAACAGUACAGAGGAACCACGAGCCUGCCAAAGACAUCCUGGAGAUUGUGGAGUAUCUUAAGAAACAGAGCCCUGAGAAAGUGGUGAUGGACCACCUAGGAGAAAACUUUUUCACAAAAGCCAUGAGCUAUUUAAGUCGACGGUACAUAGUAGAGGCAGCCAAGGUCCUGUUUGAACUGCGAGAGUCCAUGGGACUUAGAUAUGUGACCACAGACCUGCACAUGGAGAACAAUUACUAUGAAGCGUUCUUUCUACUUCUGAUUAAAGAAGAGACCCUAGAGGUUGCCAUGGACUACUAUGUGAAGUACAUCCGCAAUGGGAGACUGACUUCAUCCACCAAUUAUACCCGCUUCAGACUCUACAAGGAGAUCUACAACAACAAUGCCUACCACUGGAUACCCCUCAUAUAUGCAGACCAGAGUGCAGCUGGGAGUGCAAGGUUCUUGAUGUUAGGGGAGGAGAUUAUGGAGAUGAUGUCCAGGAAGGAUGUACCCCCUGAGCUUCAUCAUGAUUUUGAGACGAUUGCAGAUGAGUUUUUAGAGAGGAACAAGCAGGUGUUCAAUGUCUUCAACGAUGUGAAGAGACCACACAUUGUCAUGAGCUACCACAUUAGGAUAUAUGUGAACUUGGGGCAGCUACAGAAAGCAUGGGAUGUAGUUAAGGUGUACACUUCCAGAACUCAGUUCUUAGGAUAUGACCUGAUGCCAUUAGUGCUCAAAGAGCUGCUAGAGAAGACAGCAGAAAAUCUUGAAUUUGAGCUAUUGAUGUACCUGGUUGAGAUGGAUGCCAACUACCGGCCGAUGUUUGUCAAGCCUAUGGAGGAGUUGCUUGUCACGUACGGGGACCUGUUGGAGACUAACCUCACCAAAACCAAAAUGGAUGAACUGAGGGCCUUUAUCAAAAAGUCACAGUUUUAGACACUGCUAGACCCUAUGAUUUGCAUGCUUGGAACUAUUACUGCCUAGGGAUAAACACAAGACGAAUGCCAGCAACCUCUAUUUGUGCCAACUUGAAUCCUUGUGGAACUUUGUGCAGACAAGCCAUAUGUUGUAAAAUACAAUACAUUAACUGAUAAAAACGAUUAAAAAUCUAA